CCAACCACUCCCGUUCUCGGCCAAUGGGCAAUAUUUCCGUGUAAUUUGCAAUUGUUCUCGUCACCCCACAUGUCAGCCUCGCAAUCCUAUUGUACGUGACACUGACACCACUCGUUGACCCGAGCAGUUUAGCCUUGCCGAAGCUAAUUAAGCUGUGAGAGAACACACAUGCAGUCGAGUGCUGCUAAACCUGACAUUGCCUUCUUCUCUUUCUUCCGCUCCGUCUCUUCUUUAGUAGGGGAGUCCUAGUAAGCUUGUCGAUGAGUGCCAUGUCAGGGAACACCAUGGCUGGCGCGCCGGCCAUGCCGGAAGCCGCCGGGGGUCCAUACGAGCGGGAGCUGAACUACAGCUUCACUGGGCGCGUCGCGCUCACCGUCGUCUUCGUCCUCUUCGGGCUCACCGUCGUCAUCGUCAUCAUGCGCGUCUUGCUGUACGUGCUGGUGUAUCGGUCUGGCCGAGGCGGAGGCCGCGGCAGCGGCGGCCUCGCCGCUGGCAUCCUCCGGUCCAUCAACUCGUUCGGAAGGAUCGGCAGCCGGCGGCACGGGCUGGACGCGUCCGCGCUCUCCGCGCUGCCGGUCACCGUGUACCGGAAGGAGGUCGGCUCCACCAGCGCCGCUGGGGCUGACUGCGCCGUGUGCCUGUCGGAGCUCGCGGACGGGGACACGGUGCGGCAGCUGCCGAACUGCGGGCACGUAUUCCACGUGGAGUGCGUCGACGCGUGGCUGCGCACCAGGACGACGUGCCCUCUCUGCCGGGCAGAGGCGGAGCUGUCCCAGGGCCAGCGGAGCGGCAAGGCGGAGGCGGCUGCGCAGUCGUCAUCGGGCACGGAGCCGCCGCAACCGACGUUGCUUGGUGCAGGAGGAACCUUGAUAGUGACCGUACAAGGUGGUAUCCAGAGAGACGUGCGCGGGUAAACAUCGGCGGCAGGUAGUCAAUCGGCAUCUCCCUUUACCUAGCUAUAAUCUAGCCUCGAGGGGAACCGGAAACAAGUGUACAGUGUGACGUAUGUAUAUUCUACUCCCUCCAUCUCAUAAGAUAUGAGAAUUUUUAACAUUAUAUUAGUGUAAAAACACUCUUAUACUAAGACUUGAGAUGUAACUAAAACUGUGAUUAUUCCCUCUCAAAUGGUACUUUUUUUUUUUGUGAAAUGUGCAUAGGAA